GCACUUGUUUGUAGUAGGUGCAGUGGUGUAGUGCGUGGGUAAAACUUUCACUGUUUUUCGUGGGAAAAUAAAUUUUAAACAAUUUUCAUUUAAAAAUGGAAAUUGCUAACGCUGUUGGGACUACCCCAGGAGUAGUACGCAAUCCGAGAAUUAUGGAGGGUGUCGGUGCUCGAGUCAUUCGAGGACCAGACUGGAAAUGGGGAAAGCAGGAUGGAGGAGAAGGGCAUGUUGGUACAGUAAGAAAUUUUGAAUCUCCUGAUGAAGUUGUUGUAGUCUGGGACAAUGGAACAGCUGCUAAUUAUCGUUGCUCAGGGCAGUAUGAUCUAAGGAUAUUAGACAGUGCCCCAACAGGGGUCAAACAUGAAGGAACAAUGUGCGACACCUGCAGACAGCAGCCCAUUUUUGGCAUUCGAUGGAAAUGUGCUGAAUGUGGAAACUACGACUUAUGUUCUGUUUGUUAUCAUGGUGACAAACAUCAGCUGAGACACAGAUUCUAUCGUAUAACCACUCCAGGUAGUGAACGUGUUUAUUUGGAAACUCGUAGGAAAACCAAGAAGAUUGCUAUUCGUGGUAUAUUCCCAGGUGCUCGAGUGGUACGAGGGGUUGACUGGCAGUGGGAAGAUCAAGAUGGAGGAAAUGGUCGUCGUGGAAAGGUUCAAGAAAUCCAAGAUUGGUCAGCCGCUAGUCCUAGAUCAGCUGCUUACAUUGUUUGGGAUAAUGGCUCCAAAAAUUUGUAUAGAGUAGGUUUUGAAGGAAUGGCAGACCUGAAAGUAGUAAAUGACGCAAAAGGUCAAAAUGUUUAUCGUGAUCACCUUCCUUGUCUAGGAGAACACGGACACGGAAGGAAUGUCCCACCUGGAUUAAAGAUUGGAGAUCAGGUGAAUGUUGAUUUAGAAUUGGAAAUAGUUCAGUCCUUACAACAUGGACACGGUGGAUGGACUGACGGAAUGUUUGAAUGUUUAAAUAGCAUUGGUACAGUAGUAGGAAUUGAUGAAGAUCAUGAUAUUGUUGUUGCAUAUACCAGUGGAAACAGAUGGACUUUCAAUCCCGCCGUGUUGACUAAAGUUGCAACUCCGACGAAUUCCGGAGGUUUUAACGAAACACCACAGCAGCAGUUUGCAGUGGGAGAUGUAGUUCAAAUUUGUUCCGAUAUGGAAAGAGUAAAAAUGUUACAAAGAGGUCAUGGCGAUUGGGCUGACGGAAUGGCAGCUACUUUAGGCAAAGUCGGCCACAUCCAACAAAUUUACAAUGACAACGAUCUCAAAGUAGAAGUUUGCAAUACGACUUGGACUUACAAUCCCCUAGCUGUGACUAAACUAGCCAGCAAAGAUGGUACCAUGCACGGAACAACUUCCGGAGAACGAUUGAGUGCUUUAUUAAAAAAAUUAUUUGAAACCCACGUUUCUGGAGAUGUUAAUGAAGAGUUAGUUAAAUCUGCUGCUAACGGCGAUUCGCAAAAAUGCGAGGAAGUCUUGAAACAGAGCAAUACAGCCGGAGCGGGAAUAGGUCCAGAUGUUAACGGUGUUUUCGCUGGCCAUACCGCUCUACAAGCCGCGAGUCAAAACGGUCAUUUGGAAGUUAUUUCGGUAUUACUUCGUUACCAUGCAGACGUCGAAAUUGAAGAUAAAGAUGGCGACCGCGCCGUCCAUCACGCCGCGUUCGGUGACGAACCAGCCGUUGUUCAACUUUUAGCACACGCCGGUGCCGAUUUAAAUGCGCGUAAUAAACGUAGACAAACGGCUCUACAUAUCGGUGUGAAUAAAGGACACAUAGGUGUUGUGAAAAUGUUGCUGGAUUUGCAGUGUCAUCCUAGUUUACAGGAUCUCGAAGGUGAUACCCCGUUACACGACGCCAUUUCGAAGAAACGUGACGACAUGUUAACCCUUUUACUGGAUCACAAUGCCGACAUAACGUUAACGAACAACAAUGGAUUCAAUGCUUUACAUCAUGCUGCUCUUAGAGGAAAUCCAAGUGCUAUGAAAAUAUUGCUAGCAAAAUUACCAAGACCAUGGAUUGUAGAUGAAAAAAAAGACGACGGAUACACUGCUCUCCAUUUAGCAGCUCUAAAUAAUCAUGUGGAAGUAGCCGAACAAUUAGUUUUGAGCGGAAAAGCCAACAUGGAUCUUCAGAAUGUCAAUUUACAAACUGCACUUCAUCUCGCCGUUGAAAGACAACACACUCAGAUUGUUAGGCUGUUGGUAAGGGAAGGUGCUAAUUUAAAUAUAGCCGACAAGGACGGAGAUACCCCGCUACAUGAGGCGUUACGUCAUCAUACUCUCUCUCAACUGCGUCAACUUCAAGACGUACAAGAUGUAGGAAAGCUCCUUAUGGGAUUAGGGACACAGGGAUCCGACAAAAAGUCAUCUGCGAGUAUUGCUUGUUUCUUGGCAGGCAACGGAGCUGAUUUAACCAUCAAGAACAAAAAAGGUCAAACGCCCUUAGACCUCUGCCCCGAUCCAAAUCUCUGCAAAACUUUAACCAAAUGUCACAAAGAAAAACAAAGUGGAGAAAUGGAAAUGGGAUCCCAUCAAAACAUCCAAAACUCUAACGUGAACUCUACGUUAGAAGAAUGUUUGGUUUGUUCUGAUGCUAAGAGAGACAUAUUAUUCCAACCGUGUGGUCAUGUGACUUGCUGUUCCGCAUGCGCACCGAGAGUCAAGAAAUGUCUCAUUUGUAGGGAAUCUGUGAGCACUAGAACUAAGAUUGAAGAAUGUCUUGUUUGUUCCGAUAAGAAAUCUUCAGUUUUGUUCAAACCUUGCAAUCACAUGUGUGCGUGCGAAAGCUGUUCUCAAAUUAUGAAGAAAUGCGUCACUUGCCGCGCCCAGAUCGAGCAAAUGGUACCAAUUUCGGUAUGUGCUGGCGGAUUAGGUACCAUUUCUGAAGUUGAAGCUGACGUAGAAGAAGAAAUAAAACCAUCAACUAGUGAAACGCCUAUAGUUCAAGGGCCUAUUAUGAAUAACGGAGGCAGGGAUACUACUGGCACAAACGAUAUACAGAAAUUACAACAACAAUUGCAGGAUAUUAAAGAACAGACAAUGUGUCCAGUAUGCCUCGACAGACUGAAGAACAUGAUCUUCCUUUGCGGUCACGGACUUUGUCAAAUGUGUGGUGAUCAAAUGGCUGAGUGUCCAAUAUGCAGAAAAGCUGUUGAAAAACGGAUUCUUCUCUAUUGAGUUGCAUCAUUAACUAAUCUGAAAAUUAUUUAAAAAAAAAAUGAACAAGAUGAUUAUGACAAAAAAUAUUGACUCGAUACAUGAUCAGGCAUUACUCAUAGUACUAGUACCUAAAUAAUAACUAUAGUUUCAAUAUGUAGUAAACUGUAGCAUAUCUAUAAUUCUACUUAUAUCAAUUGAUUCAUUUAUCCUCUAAAUUUGAUAUUGACAAAGUUAUAUUUCUUGCAAUUAAAAGCUACAAUAAGUUUAAACUGAUUUUUUCACAUUUAAUACUAUUUCUACUAACUUCCAAACCCUCACUUGUGACCACUAGUUUAUGGUAUUGCCAUCUUCUUUCAAUUCCAUUUUCACACAACAAACAACAAACAAGGCAGCUCUUAUUUACCAUUUUAUUAUAAUAACAUCAAGCUAUUAGCUGCUUUCUAUUUACAUUCAAAUGAACUAAGACAAUCAGGUAUGUAUCUUAUCAAAUAAUAACGACACUGCUCAGUGGAUAAAAGGAACACGUUAAGUAAAAACACCAAUUGUUGACACUAUGAGAAAGACAAAUCAUUCAAUUCCGCGUUCUACAGAAGUGUUCAAAAAAUAAAACGUUUAGGUUAUUAUUAUGAACUGUUAGUUCCAGUUUACACGUAUUGGACUUACCAAAAUAGUUUUUUCUAUUAUCACAAACGAAUUUUUUCUAGCAUGACUUUUUACACCCAAUGUUGAAACGUUUGUCUGUUAAAAUUCCAUAUGUUGACAUUUGCAGUUUCCAACGUUGACAACAAUUUAAAUAUUGACCCUUCGCUUUCCUGAAGUUAUACUCAAGGCCUAAAUAAACAAAAGAUAUUCAGAACAUAUUAAAUUAUAUUUCAAGAAGGUAUGUGAUAUUUCAGAAAAGAAGGUAAGUCAAUUUUUCGUAUACCUACCUAAUUAACUUAAAUUAAAGAGGAACGGACACAGAAACAAGGAACACAAAUUUAUCGGGAUUGCCCCUGUACUAUCUGGGCUUGGGCAGUUCGUUGCUGACCGAUAGGAGAUGAUUCCCGUUGCUCGAAGGCUUAAAAACCGUCCUCAGUCUGUUGCAGGGAAGAAGUGGUGUUACUUCAGCAUUAUCUCCAGAAUCAAUUUUGACAACCAGGCAAAAGCAUUCUGUUUCACGUUUUUUUUUAAGCAACACAGCCAGAACCAUGUCUCCUUCAUUAAUUCAUCCAAUUUCUUCCUCGUUAUCUCACAACGUCCUACUUCUUUCACGGUGGUAGUUUUCUCAGCAACACAUAGUUGUAGACUUUGUUUUGUCUGGUCGAAUAGACUGUUUGAAUGUACGCUUAACUUAACUUAACCAUGGUUUUUAUUGAAAUUUAAGGCAUUAAUGUUUUACGCAUUCUUCCUUAUGUUAUUCAUAAAACAGAGGAUGUGAAAUGAUCAUUUUUACUCAAAAUAUUUCACUUAAAAGUCUAAAUUUGUCGACUUACCUUACAGAGUGAUAUAGGACAUUUAGAAAUUAAAGUGUCAACAAUUGGUGUUUUCAACCUAAUGUGACUCAAUAUUCUCAAUAAGAUUAUUUUCAUCAAUGACUGUUUGCAAUUAUUUAGUAAUGUGUACUUAUUUGCUUAUUUUAUGACAAAAUCUGACAACGAGAUGUCCUCAACCUCACUUUUAAUCUGAGCUUGCAAAACUCACUGAAGCACAAGGUCUCAAACUUGUGCAGAUUGCUGGUAAAACUCAUUUUGGUCUCACUUGUGAGAUUGAAAAGGAACGUGCAUUGAACCGAGUUACGACGUCACAAAUGAGAACAAUCUGAAUUUUGGUGUAAAUGGAAAGCAGCUUUAGUAUAAAGGAGUGCAUAGAUGAAAAAUUCUUAUUUUAACAGCUCACAUAUAGAAAGUUUCUAGACAAUAACGAAUUAUAUAAUACUGAAUGCAAUGUUUACUACCACUACAACAAUACUGUUAACAUAGUUAUGAAUUAUAGUAAAUUAUUUACCUACCUGAAACAGUAUAGUUUUGUGAGUAUUUAUUUAGUGGUAAUACAGAGUGUGUUCAGAAUGAUUAUCACCACUGGUUCCAACUUAGUAACGAAAUAUAUUCUCUUAGGGCCAUUUGCACCGACAAAACAAUAAACUCGGCUUUUCAAUUACCCACGCUUUUGUCAGAAAUUCAUUUACGUCCCCAAUUAAGCUCCGCUUUUAUUAUCUUAAGCCAUGUUUAUUUUAAACCAUUAAUAGUGGAGGCUUAAGCUUAGCUUUGCUGUCUCCUAACCUCAUUUUAUGACACACGAUAUUGUUUUUGCUAUAUAAAAAUGAAUUUUUAGGAUAUCUUGGAAGAUGAUCUCGAUUUAUUGGAAAUUAUCAAUUAUGGAUUUCCUAGACUGUUAUAUUUUUGAACUAACCCAUUCGAAGAAAUGUAUGAUUUAGCAUUUUUUAAAAGAUUUAGGCUGUAUACUAAUACAGAUCAACAUAUUCUUACUUUUAUUCUUGCAUGCUUACAUUGUCAGUAAUUUAUUUUCAAUUGUACGUUUAUAUUUCGAUAUUAUGUUCAAUAAUAUAACUUUUUCAUCGUGUGAAAAGUUCGCACCUCGCGGCUUCCUUUGUCUAACACUCAUCAUUGACAAAAUAUUGAAAAUAAUUUAGAUUCAGGAUACUGACUAUAUGAAUCAACAAGACACAACAAAUGAACAUUUAAGUAAACAAACUAUUAGAAAUUCAGUACAGUCUUCAGUUAAAAUGAUAUUAAUGUGAGACAAUUGACCUAAAUAUUCAAAUUUUACUUCAGUUUCCCAUAAUUGGUACUAGAGAGGAAGAAGAAGAAAUGUUUACUAAAGCCCACUAACUUAUAGAUCGGUGCGAUUGGUCAACAAGAUGAGUCCUCCUUAAAUAAUUAGACGGCCUUAUAAAAGCUUGACUCAUGUGUUAAUCGGUGCAAACGGCGCUUAAUUUGUCUUACAAUAAAAUGUGCUCCUUUUAUAGUUUUCUGUUCAAGCAUUUUUAUGGUCAUUAUUUUGACGUGAAAGUGCCUUAUUGCUGAUCUAUAUUGGACACAAGGUCUCCCUCAAAGUAAUAUUAAACUUCAGUUACAUCAACAUCAGAUUUUAUCCUACCCAAUUAUCGAGAAGCUUUACAUACAACUCAUAUCUUUGAAGUUGUGCAAUUUUGCGAUAAAAACUUUCUCACUACAUUGAGAAAGUACUUGGGUACAUAUUAGCUUAGUUCGCGGGUCUGAAUCCAACUCAGUUUAGGCACCGAUCGCAUGUGCACUUUCAAAAUUGUCGGUCGCCUACCACCCCGCGAACGACAUGCAAUUGGUCCUAAAGUGAUAGGAAUUCGAUUAAAUUUUACUCAUUUUACGGAAUGUACCGUCGAGGUUUCUCAGUUUUAGAAAAAAGUAUGCUAGAUAUUAGUGUAUGUUCCACAUUUCUAUUACUUUGAAUAUGAUGAAAAAUAGUUAGUACAAUUACUUUGCUUUCCACGAAUCAUCUUUAAAAUUUGAAUGUUUUCAAAGCUCUGUAAUUUUCACGAAAGAUUCAUAAUUUUUAAUAGAAAAAUCAAAGUAUAUACCAUUAAGUUUUAAUAAGACAACAGUUGAGAAUUUGAAAAUGUGAAUAUGUUUUUGGUAUUUAUCCAAUUAAGUCUUGAUUUUCUAUUUAUUUGUGGAACCACUUGUUAAUUUUUAAUCACAGUCAUGUAAAUGUGUAAUGUUAUUCAGAUACAAUAUUUAUAUAUUGUAUAUAUUAUAAAUUUAAGAUAAUUUUGUUUAGAUAUUAUAUUUAACUUCUUUGUAA